UUGCAGCAAGGGACAGGAGUUUGGUUCCCCGAUACAGAUGGCACAGAUGGCAGCUCAAACCGUCCAAAAUUCCACUUUCAGGGGGUCCAACGCCCUCUUCUGGUCUCCAGGGCAUCGCAUGACACAGGAGUACGUCUAUCCAUGCAGCAGCAAAACUCAGAGUUAAAAAACAAAGGCACGACUGUGGUUUCGUGGGAAGUUGCACAUCCUAGCUGACACGUUUUUGUUUUACUGAUAGAAAGCUCCAUUCCCCGAGAUGAACCGGCCAGCGACCUGUUCUUCGGGAGGCAGGUGGGUCCGGGCUCCUCCCCACAAGCCUUGCUAUGGAGAACCAGUACGGCAGGGAAAAGCGCCCAGGUUAGCCCGCUCACUUUCCGGUGCAACUUCCCCUUCUCCUCGCCCUCUGGACUCCGGGUGGUACCCACCCACCGUCACAUCUGCCGCACUCGUGCAGCUGGUCGGGCACACAGCGCACCCCAGAGGCCGCCUGGCGCCCUCCCAGCCGCGACCGCUUCCCUUCCGGAGAGCUCGGCACGCAGCGCCCGGCCCCGCGGACCCCAGGAGGGACGCCGGCCGCCGGGAGCCCGGGGACCCGAGGGGCGCAGGGGAGGUGUGCGCAGAGCCCCGCUCCGCCGAGGGACAGACGGACAGCGCGUGGGAAGCGGCACCCGCGCCGCAGACACGCGCGGCCCUGGACAUGGAGCGCUCGGCGCGGCUGCCGCGGGACCGGGACUCGGUGGAAGCGUGGCUGGACGAUCACCCGGACUUCACCUUCUCUUACUUCGUUAAAAAAGCCACCAGAGAAAUGGUCAAUGCAUGGUUUUCUGAGAGAGUUCACACCAUCCCUGUAUGCAAGGAAGGCAUCCGAGGCCACGCGGAAUCUUGCUCUUGCUCCUUACCACAGAAUCCUCAUGUGGAUAACAGUACCCCAGGAACACCAACCAGGAAGAUCUCUGCCUCUGAGUUUGACCGGCCUCUUAGGCCUAUUGUUGUCAAGGAUUCUGAGGGAACUGUGAGCUUCCUCUCCGACUCAGAAAAGAAGGAACAGAUGCCACUAAGCCCCCCAAGGUUCAAUAAUGAUGAAGGGGACCAGUGUUCAAGACUCUUGGAAUUAGUGAAAGAUAUUUCUAGUCAUUUGGAUGUCACAGCCUUAUGUCACAAAGUUUUCUUACAUAUCCAUGGACUCAUCUCUGCGGACCGCUAUUCUCUGUUCCUUGUCUGUGAGGAUAGCUCCAAGGAUAAGUUUCUUAUCAGCCGCCCCUUUGAUGUUGCUGAAGGUUCAACCCUGGAGGAAGCUUCAAAUAACUGUAUCUGCUUAGAGUGGAACAAAGGCAUUGUAGGACAUGUGGCAGCAUUUGGUGAGCCCUUGAACAUCAAAGAUGCCUAUGAGGAUCCUCGGUUCAAUGCAGAAGUUGACCAAAUUACAGGUUACAAGACACAAAGUAUUCUUUGUAUGCCAAUUAAGAAUCACAGGGAAGAGGUUGUUGGUGUAGCCCAGGCCAUCAACAAGAAAUCAGAAAAUGGUGGGACAUUCACUGAAAAAGAUGAAAAGGACUUUGCUGCUUAUUUGGCAUUUUGUGGUAUUGUUCUUCACAACGCUCAACUCUAUGAAACUUCACUGCUGGAGAACAAAAGAAAUCAGGUGUUACUUGACCUUGCCAGCUUAAUUUUUGAAGAACAGCAGUCAUUAGAACUAAUUCUGAAGAAAAUUGCCGCCACCAUCAUCUCCUUCAUGCAGGUGCUGAGGUGGACCAUUUUCAUCAUGAAUGAAGACUGCUCUGAUUCCUUCUCUAGUGUGUUUCACAUGGAGUGGGAGGAAUUAGGAAAAUCAUCUGAUACUUUAACAAGGGAGCAUGAUGCAAACAAAAUCAAUUACAUGUAUGCCCAGUAUGUCAAAAACACUAUGGAGCCUCUUAAUAUUCCAGAUGUCACUAAGGACAGAAGAUUUCCCUGGACUAAUGAAAACACAGGGCAUGUGAACCAGCAAUGCAUUGCAAGUUUGCUUUGCACACCUAUCAGAAACGGAAAGAAGAACAAAGUCAUCGGAGUUUGCCAACUUGUUAAUAAGAUGGAGGAGAAUACUGGCAAGAUUAAGCCUUUCAACCGGAAUGAUGAGCAGUUCCUGGAAGCGUUUGCCAUCUUCUGUGGCUUGGGAAUCCAGAACACACAGAUGUACGAAGCCGUGGAGCGAGCCAUGGCCAAGCAAAUGGUGACGUUAGAGGUCCUGUCUUACCAUGCUUCAGCGGCAGAGGAAGAGACGAGGGAGCUCCAGGCUUUGGCGGCUGCUGUGGUACCAUCUGCCCAGACCCUUAAAAUUACUGAUUUCAGCUUCAGUGACUUUGAGCUUUCUGAUUUGGAAACGGCACUGUGCACAAUUCGAAUGUUCACUGACCUCAACCUUGUGCAGAACUUCCAGAUGAAGCAUGAGGUUCUUUGCAGAUGGAUUUUAAGUGUUAAGAAGAAUUAUCGGAAGAACGUUGCCUAUCACAAUUGGAGACAUGCCUUCAAUACAGCACAGUGUAUGUUUGCUGCUCUGAAAGCAGGCAAGAUUCAGAGCAAACUGACUGACUUAGAGACACUUGCACUGCUGAUUGCUGCGUUAAGCCAUGAUUUGGAUCACCGUGGUGUUAACAACUCGUACAUACAGCGAAGUGAACACCCACUUGCCCAGCUCUACUGCCACUCCAUCAUGGAACACCACCACUUUGACCAGUGUUUGAUGAUUCUGAAUAGCCCAGGCAACCAGAUUCUCAGCGGCCUCUCCAUUGAAGAAUAUAAGGCCACAUUGAAAAUGAUCAAGCAAGCAAUUUUAGCUACAGACCUAGCACUGUUCAUUAAGAGACGCGGAGAAUUUUUUGAACUGAUAAGAAAAAAUCAAUUCAAUUUUGAAGAUCCUCUUCAAAAGGAGUUAUUUUUAGCCAUGCUUAUGACUGCAUGUGAUCUUUCUGCAAUCACAAAGCCCUGGCCUAUUCAACAACGGAUCGCAGAACUUGUAGCCACUGAAUUUUUUGAUCAGGGAGACAGAGAGAGGAAAGAACUCAACAUAGAGCCCACUGAUCUAAUGAACAGAGAGAAGAAAAAUAAAAUCCCAAGUAUGCAAGUUGGGUUCAUAGAUGCCAUCUGCUUGCAGCUGUAUGAGGCUCUGACCCACGUAUCGGAGGACUGUUUGCCUUUACUGGAUGGCUGCAGGAAGAACAGACAGAAAUGGCAGGGCCUUGCAGAGCAGCAGGAGAAGACAUUCAUUAAUGGGGAGAGCAACCAGGCCAAGCGGAACUGAGGGCCUCUUGCUCCCAGGCGCCUGUAGUAGGCCUGCUUUCACCCUACACCACUCAUAUUUGGGGGGCUCUUUGCCACUGCUGUAUUUUAUUUUUGCACAACUUUUGAGAGCAUAGCCUGGCGUGUUUUAAGGGAUUGUUGCCCUACUUUCUAUAUUUUAUUUUUAUGCCACUGAAGUGAAAUGAUUAGUUACACUCACUCUUAGCACAUUGAUAGGAACACUGCUGUGAUGUGUUGUGUGCUGCAGAGUGUAAAAGGCAUUCCUGCACUUAGCUUGGUUUUGGGGGAUUAUAAAUAACUUUUUGAGGUUUCUGAGUUAUCAGUCUUUCAAGAACGUUUGGAAUGUUUGUCAGAAGUAGAUUAGAACCAAAUUUAAUACAUUUGGGGACGUUUAAAGCCAUCGUGAGAUAAAUUGUGGCUGAGUGAAUUCUAAAGAGAAAUAUAAACUUGUCAGAAACACCUUAACAAAGUUACGCAUUGAGAAACAGGUGGACAGCGCUGUGAGGCAGUAUGUAAAGAAAAUGUAGCGUUGAUUGCUUUGCCCAUCUAGGCAGCUGCAACCCUACAAGCAGUCUGCUCUUUGCACCCCACAGAAAGCCAGGGCCAGGAGACCCUGUCACUGUCUGCCCCAAGGGAGAGUGUAUGCAGAUGUGGGAGGGCCCAGGAUAUUCCUCAGCCAAGAGAAAUGUUCCAUUAGAAGAUAAUUCUGAGAAUCAACAUUUUAAAUAUUAAACUUUAAAACGUAAUUUUCUCAUCUUUUAUCUUCCUUAACUCGACCGUUUAAAUCUCAACAGAAAAGUGGUGACUGAAGCUUUGACCGGAAGUCAGACCUGACUACACAUCUGAGAGCAAAGGAACCUUCUCCCCUCUGUCAAAGAAAGUUUACAGACAGCUUUUAAGGACAUAAAUAGCAGAGGUCUGUCUCCACUACGGAGGUCAGAAAUGAAGCCAAGGGAGCAGUAGGGUGAAAACCAUUCUGCCCAAAUAAAACAGCAGCGCUGGGAUUCCCACACUGACACGCUUUAGUUUGCGGCAUGUGGCAACCCAGAGUCGCAGAAGCUUGGGUGUGCGCAGAAGCUUGGGUGUGCGCAGCCGCUGGCCCUGAGCUCCUGCACGCUGGCAUUUCUUCCCAGAGCAUUCAUUGUAGUCAGCAUUUUCUUAGGAUUUAACCUCAUCGCACCUGCUCUUGAAUGCGUAUUCGUUCAGUAUUGGAGCAGCAGAUACUGGAUCAAGCAUCUGGUUUAGGAAAGGGAUAUCUGUUCCAAAUGUGCGAAAAACGUUUGAAUCUGGGGGGAAUCCGAGGGAUUUAAUUUAUUUCCACGAUUUCCCCACCUCCUCCCAAAGGGGGUGAGGUCAAUUUGGUCUGAGUUUCUACCGUUCAUUUGGAUUGAAAAUCACUUUUGGCUGUGGUAAUACGGCAUUUUUGAGGACUUUUCACUAAAACAUGAUUUCUUUUUCCUUUACUCUUCAUCUGAAAUUCAACGUGUUCAUUCUCAAUUCUGUGUGUGUGUAUUUUAAUAUGGCUUCACUUUUCUUCAUGAGAAAAAGGCAAAUGGGGUUGUGUCGCCAUCACUUUACAUUGGUAAAGGCUCAUCUAGGAUGCUGUCACCUGAUGACAUGCACUGUCAUGCUUGUAGUUUCAAAAUAUUUUUAUUUUGUGUUACAAAGAUAUCUUGUGUACCUGGGCAUAAGUCUGUAAGGUCGCCUCUAGUGCACUGAUGUGUAAAUUACAGAGGCUGUCACUAAAAUAAUAGUCAUAGCAACAUACUUGUAUACACCUAUGCAUGCCUACAUCAUUUCUUAGUGUAGACAAAUUAUUUAAAGAAGAGCAGUCUUUCAUGAGCCUACAUUUGAUUCCACUCACUGUGACCUAGCAGUUUUGCUAAAAGGUAAUCAUACACAUCUGUAGUUUGUUUCUACCCCUCUGACUUAAGUCACAGAUUUUUUUUAAGAUGAUAAAUUGUGUGUGGAGGAUUUGUCAUUUUAAUAAGCAAGAAGCUCUAUGUAGAUUAGAAAGUGUGUGGUUUGUCUGUACAUAGUGGUUUACUUUACGUACUAGAGUAGCCAUUUAAAUGGGAAACGCAGCGCCACGCCUAUUUUAUUCUAGUGCUGGAUAUGUUGGUUCAUACAGAAGAAAGGACUUUUUUAGGACUGGUUAAUUGGUUCAAAUAACUUUUAAUUGAUAUGAAAAUCAUUCCGUACAUGGAUUACUGUCUGUGCUGCCUGGGCACAAAUCAAAGCAUUUGUUCUUAUGAGAAUCUGUCCUUUCCAGUAUCUUCUCCAGUUGACUAUAUUUAUUGUAUGUUACAUAUGUGUUCCCUCUCAUGCUCCCAUGUAUUUAUAUUGCCCAUAAUUAACAAGAAGUUGCUCUUCCAGGUUAUUUUUUUGUUUAGUUAAAUGCUUGACUGGCUAUAGGGAAGUAAUACGAUAUGAUUUAACGUCAAUAUUCAGCCAGAAAAGCCCCCGCUAAUUUAGUAACUUGUUGAAGGAUGUCUGUAAAAUCAGCUGGCCUUACGUAUUCUGCAGAAAAUUCGCCUUUGCCAGGCCUGAUACUGUGUGAAUUUUGGUAAGUCACUUAGCAUCCUCACCUGAGGAAGUUGCGCUUCUAAUGUAGUUAGGUUUGGACAAAGCUUGUCUUCAAGGGGAGCAUUGCAGGCAGCAGCUAUCUCAUAGCCUGACGGACCUUCGAGACCACUGUUGGAAAUGAUAUUGAACUAGAGAAUGACCUCAUCCCACAGAUCAUGUUCUGUGUUGAGUUUCUAAACAACACAUUUAUUCCACUGCACACACGGGCUGUGAUGCACACACAGGCACUCUUCCAGUGCCUGGCCUCAAGGUAUGAAGCUGUCACCACUGCUCUGUUAAUUAUGAAGGAGAGCUUCCUUGAAUAGCAGCGUUGGAGAUAAAGUAUGUGAACAUAGACUAGAAAUGCUGAUUUCUUGGAGGAAAUUUUAGUCACAGAUGCUUUUUUCCUACCAGUAAAGUGCCUUUAUUUUCAACAUAUUGCAAAACAGUGAGACUUAGCAUCAAUUACAAUUUUAUUUCCUCUGCUUCUCACCAGACUAGACUCCUAAAACUUACCAGGCAAGUAAUGUGGUCUUAUUAACAUGAUCCAAGAUGGAAAAAGAUAAAAUAAAAUUCCUAUAAAGAGUUGUUAAAAUAAGGUGGCAUAAUUUACUUACUCAGUAUUGAACGUGCAUCAGCCCACCAUUUAUUAAACCUUAGAUACAGUGCUCUGCAGAGAUAAAACAGUGUCAGCAAGGAGAUUGCACCCAUGCAGGAGAAACAGGAUAAGGGAACACCACUGCUCAUUCUACCAACUUAACACAAAAAGAGGACAUUGCGUCACCUUCAUUUUCAUCUGUAACAUACAUACUAUGCACUUUUAGCUGAAAUCUCUUAAGAAUGUAUUACUGAACACCCUGUCUUCCUGUCAGCAUGAAUCAUUUAACUUGUUGACAGCUGGAAGUGCACCUUCUGUAACGGGUCUCGUCUUCCACUAACAGUGUUCCAUAUUCUGACAGGGACAGAUGGUUGUGUUCUCAUGAACUAUUAAGCUGCAGUUUUGCCCCCUUCUGUUCUACCACAGAGAGCAAAAUAAGUAGUAAUAAAGGUCACUUUGCCCUUCUAUAUUCUUAUCAAAAGCCUGUGUAAACAUGUCUUGAAUAUUGUUGAAAGCAGUGUAAAUAUUUAAAAAUAUAAAUUUCUAUUACAGCUUAAGAAAUCUUAGGAAUCAUCAAUAGCCACUGUUAAUAUCUAUUUGUAUUCUUACACCUUUUCAAUGUAUUUGAACAAAUAUAUGGUUUCUGGCACUAUUUUUAUACUAGCAUAAAAGAGUUACUAUGUA